AUGGGUUUACCAGGAACCAGGCUCGGGGCCUUCCGAGCGUAUUUAUUUGGAUACUUCAUCUGUACAGCCGGUUUCUUGUUUGGGUAUGAUACUGGCAUUGUUGGUGGUAUCCUGGAGUUCAAGUCCUACAUCAAUGAUUUUGGUUACAAAGAUCAGACAACCGUAAGUGCGGUGAUGGUAAGCUUGCAAAAUGCAGGCGCAUUCAUAUCAGCCUUGGGGAUCUUCUGGGUGUCUGAACGAUGCGGGCGAAAGAAAACAAUCCAGGCAGCGAUGGCCGUGUUCUGUCUCGGUGUGGUGUUACAGGUGGUUCCGUCACACUCACUUGUUUGUUUCUAUAUUGGGCGGUUUGUCGCUGGUCUCGGUCUCGGUGCAGGCACUGCGGUCGUCCCAGCAUACAACGCGGAAAUGGCACCCAAGGAAAUUCGUGGCAAGCUCGGGUCAGGGAUGCAAUGGUUCUUUGCACUAGGUGUGAUGCUGAGCUACUGGAUUGACUAUGCCGUCAAGAUCACACUACCUGUGUCUUCAAAGCAGUGGCAGAUUCCCGUUGGUCUCCAGAUGGUGCCAGCUGGAGUUCUUGCCCUCGGCCUCUUUGGUAUGCCCGAAAGUGUACGCUGGUUGGCCAAGAAAGGCCGUUUUGACGAAGCAUGGGAGAGCUUGAAGUGGAUGCGAGCUAGUGAAGGCCCUGAAGUGAAGGUAGAGUUCAACGAAAUCAGAGUCGGACUCGAGGAAGAGUUACGAGCAACCGAGGGCUUUAAUAAGCGCGAACUCCUCGAGCCCGCCAACCGGUACAGACUGCUUCUCGCCGUUUUCAUGUUCUGCGGUCAGCAAUGCACUGGCAUGACCGCGCUGGCUUACUUCGGCCCGCAGUUCUUCAAACUGUUAGUCGGCAACAACACUAACCAGUCCCUUCUCAUCACUGGUCUCUUUGGAGCGGAGAAGUUCAUCACUGUUGGCAUCUAUAUUCUGUUCUUCUCCGAGAUGUGGGGACGGAAGCCGACCCUUUGGAUUUCAGCCCUGUUGAUGGCUGCGUGCUUCGUUAUUGUGACAGUCGUUAAGGAAACCACGCCAGAGCCCGAUGCAAAAGCAACCCCAGCUGGUAUUGGCAUGGUGGCUAUGAUCUUCCUGACGAAUUCAAUCUACCAAUUCAGCUGGGGCCCAUUACCGUGGCCAUACACUGCCGAGGCAAGUCAUACUGCACUGGUCUAUCUUCGGUUCAACCACUAA